GGCACGGGACUCUUGGUGACCUAGUAGAGCUCCAUAUUUGUGGAUCGCGAUUGCUGGCCGGGUGUUACAUUUACUUAAAUAUUUUUGACGACUGCAAGCACUUACCGUCGAUAUGGCUCUGUUCCGAACAUUUUCUUCACGCCUCAACUCCUCUUCACAGGGUUGCAUUGCUACCAUUGUUCGAGCAUAUUCUGAUCACACUGACCUAAAAGAUGUUCUUGCCAAUAAAGUUCCGUAUGAACAGGAACGUGUAAAGAAGUUCCGUAAAGAGUAUGGAAAUGUGAAAAUAGGCGAAACAACAGUGGAUAUGGCCUAUGGAGGUAUGCGUAGCAUGAAAGCAUUGGUCACCGAAACAUCCGUCCUAGAUCCCGAAGAAGGCAUCCGUUUUAGGGGGCUAUCUAUCCCAGAAUGCCAACGAAUGCUUCCCAAAGCAAAAGGAGGAGAAGAACCACUACCUGAAGGGUUAUUCUGGCUUUUAAUCACAGGAGAUGUCCCAAAUGAAACCCAAGUGAAAAGUUUAUCGAAAGAAUGGGCUAGUCGUGCCGACCUCCCGUCGCAUGUCGUGACGAUGCUCAAUAAUUUCCCAGCCAAUCUUCAUCCAAUGUCGCAGUUUAGUGCAGCAAUCACUGCAUUGAACAGCGAGUCAAAGUUUGCCAAGGCUUAUUCUGAGGGGCUACACAAAUCGAAAUAUUGGGAGUAUGUAUAUGAAGAUUCCAUGGACUUGAUUGCCAAACUGCCCACUGUGGCUGCAACAAUAUAUCGCAAUUUAUAUCGAGAUGGAUCUUCAAUUGGAGCAAUCGAUACCAAAAAGGAUUGGUCGGCUAACUUCGCUUCCAUGUUGGGAUACACCGAUCCCCAGUUCACCGAGCUCCUGCGACUUUAUCUCACAAUUCACAGCGACCACGAAGGAGGUAAUGUUUCUGCCCAUACCGUCCAUUUGAUAGGCUCAGCUUUGUCAGAUCCCUAUUUAGCGUUUGCUGGUGGAAUGAAUGGAUUAGCAGGGCCACUUCAUGGGUUGGCCAAUCAAGAAGUUCUUGUGUUCCUGAACAAAAUCGUAGGUGCUUUGGGAGAUGGAUGGACAAAGGAGGGCUUAAUACAGCUAAUCAAACAGCAGCUUGCUUCUGGCCAGGUAGUACCUGGGUACGGCCAUGCAGUUUUACGUAAAACAGAUCCUCGUUACACUUGUCAACGCGAGUUUGCACUCAAACAUUUGCCCGACGAUAAGAUGUUUAAGCUAGUUGCACAACUGUAUGAUGUUGUCCCAGAUAUUCUGCUCGAAACAGGAAAGGUCAAGAAUCCUUGGCCGAAUGUUGACGCCCAUUCGGGUGUAUUGCUUCAACAUUACGGCAUGACUGAAAUGAGCUAUUACACAGUACUCUUUGGUGUAUCUCGAGCCCUUGGCACAUUGGCGUCUUUAGUGUGGGAUCGGGCUUUGGGUCUGCCUCUCGAGCGCCCCAAGUCGAUGUCGACAGAUGGACUGAUGAAAUUAGUCAAGUCCCUGCAAGCCAAUGCGGCUAAAGGAGCGUAAUAUUUACACCCCAAUGUUAGUAAAAUGCUACCCUGCUAUAUGUUGAAGAAACAAAUUUUUACUUUGUUUGGUGUUGAAUUUCAAGUCGAAUUCAGUGUUUGGCUAUUUUAUUCCUGAAUGCACGGUACCUUGCCGUUAGUUUUUUUUUUUAUUUUUUUUAUUUUUUUAGACUUCAAAGAUUGCAAAAAUUAGGAUUCUGCCAAUGGUUGACUUAAUUGGAACAAGGAACUGGUACAAACACGUUUCGAGGGUGCCACAGUAGUAAUGAGUUGUUCGUCUGUAAAUCCCCAAGAAAUAGUUAUGAAACCCCACACUAAUAAACGUUUUAACUGGC